AUGCCUUUGACUACUGCUAACACCACCUUCACUACUCUUAACUCUACAACUACCAACACUGCUAACACUGCUACCACUAUUAACACUACUACCACCAAGACUAACAUGAAUUUGUCCCGUUCCUUGCGGGAUUGUUUCUCUCCGUUGUCCUGUACAAACUGCGCCAUGGGGUCAGGUUUUGUCCAGUCGCGCUUUGUCGGUGUCCACAAUGGCGGAACAACAGAGAGAGUUUAUUGUGGAGGAGUGGGAGAACAACAGUAUCAGCAGGACAUUAUUUGUGAGCAAAGAACAGAACAGCAGCAGUAUCCUAGUUACAGCACCCCGUUCACGUCAAGUUCUCCGUUGUCCUGGUCUGGAGCAGGAGAAGAAGCUGCUUCGCGCUUUGCCACUUCGUCAUCUACCUUUAAUCCCCACCUUCACUCGCGUUCCAUACGAAAGCCAUUAUCAGUUGGUUUGACGGAGAAAAAUACGAGUGCUUUUUUGAAGAUUAAUGUGAAUACUCAUGGUCGACAAUUUGGAGAGUUGAAGUUGUGUCAGAAUUCGAGAAAGAUGUUGAAUUUACCAAAUGCUGGCGGUGCGAGUAUGCUAUCCGAAGUUUUUUCUUAUGAGAUUAUGGAGAGGAUUUUAGGCGUAGAACUGCUCAAGACCGAGAUGGAAGUACGUUAUAGUUUUAUGAAUCAGCCAAUGACCGAUUAUCUAGUAAAUCUAAGACACCCACAUUACACCAAUCCGCUCACUAUUGGCGUAUCGGUAACGCGAGCGUAUGCGCACGACCGGCGAUACACAAACGAUGAUGCUCAUCGACUUCUCACGAAAAAAUUGGCCGGCGUCAAUUUAUCCACCAAAAACAUUAAUAACGCUCGCAUCUGGAAACAAAUUCUUCAUAUAUGGUGUCCGAAUGGUCAAACUGCCAACGUGGUAAAACGAGUCUACAUGAAAAUGCCACAGGAGUACAAAUCUAAUACGGUGGUAGUGGUGUCAGUGGUCGACUCGAAAUGGGUAUUUACUAAUAAUAAAGUUGUAUAUCCCCCAAGGAAGAAGGACUUGCCAAAGAAGAGGAGGAAAAAGCGUGUGAAAUGA